GGAUUGCUAUCUGACCUGGAAUUAGAUCUCACAGAGAACUAUACCGCAGCUCAACUUCUGGCAAAGUUAGCAUCAGGCGAAGCUAGCUCGUUAGCGGUCACCACGGCUUUUUGCAAACGAGCAGCUAUUGCGCAACAAGUAACAUCUUGCCUCACAGAAACAUUCUUCCCGGAGGCUCUCGAGAGAGCCAAAAGUCUCGAUGCCUACCUACAACACGAAGGUAAACCCAUUGGACCGCUGCAUGGGUUGCCCAUCAGUAUCAAGGAUAGCUUCUGUGUCAAGGGCCAGCAAUCUACCAUAGGCUAUGUGGAAUUUCUCAAGCAUGAGCCGGCAAUGACAAAUUCUGCUCUGGUUCAAUUGCUUCUGGAACUAGGGGCAGUCCUUUACGUUAAGACAAACAUCCCUCAGACCAUGAUGACUGGGGAUUCGGACAACAACAUUUUCGGCCGAACCCUCAACCCGCACAAUACCUCACUGACCGCGGGUGGAUCAACCGGCGGCGAAGGAGCACUGGUCGCAUUCCGCGGGUCGAUUUUGGGCGUGGGAACCGACAUCGCAGGCUCAAUUCGCAUUCCUGCACUAUGCUGUGGAGUCUAUGGAUUCAAGCCGACCACAUUCCGCGUUCCAUUCAGCGGCCAGGUUUCUGGAGCUCUGGAGGGCCCUCCAAUCCCUGCUCCAUCAGCUGGUCCAUUGGGACACAGUAUCUCGGAUCUGCAGCUGUUCAUGAAUGCUGUUAUUGGUGAUGGCCACGCAUGGCGUUACGAUCAAGCAGCAGCGGCUGUACCAUGGAAUACAUCUCAACUUGAAACCGCCAAUCUCAAGAACAACGGAAGUCUGACCAUUGGCGUGCUGACCGAAGACAAGCAAUUUCCUCUACACCCGCCUGUCAAGCGAGCUUUGCAAAAUGCAGUCAAGAAGCUUGCGUGUGCCGGUCACAAAAUCGUCCCGAUUAAGAAUGAUACUGAGGAUGAUCUUUCCGUGGCAUAUGCCAGUCGUCUCGGGUUUCAGUACUUUGUCUACGGUCCGCAUAUCGAUCAUAUUGCGCCCAGUGGCGAGCCUCCUGUUGAGUCGGUCGCAAAACUUGCGUCGCCUAUGUUCACGGGGCCAUGGCCAGUGGACAUGGAGCUAGAGACCUUCGAGAAAAUUGCGAAGCUGCAGGAAGCUAGGAAUCGCAUUUCUGACGCUUGGCGACAAACAUGGGUGGAGCAGAAGUUAGACGUGAUUCUUGCACCUGGGGCUCAAAGUACGGCGGUCGGCUAUGAUACAUAUGGAUGGCCGCCCUAUACUUUACUCUGGAACGUGCUUGACUACCCUGCUUGUAUGAUUCCGUUCGGAAAGGCUUCCAAGGAGUUGGACCCAAUUGAGAUGAAGACAGGAGACAGUGUGCAGCCCGAUUACAUUCCCGAUGAGGUGGAUGGUGCGCCGUGUGCUAUUCAAGUUGUUACGCCACGUUUCCAGGACGAAGCGUGUCUUCGAGCUGCAGAUAUCAUUGAUCGAGCGAUCCGUAACUAG